ACAAUCUCCGGCAUUGGAGCUGGACAAGUUCCUGGAGGAUGUAAGGAAUGGUAUCUACCCACUCACAGCUUUUGGGAUGCCGCGACCCCAGCAGCCCCAGCAAGUAGUGGUGAAGUCUCCCAUUGCUCCACCAUCAGUGAAAACCCCGACUCCGGAGCCUGCUGAGGUGGAGACGCGCAAGGUGGUGCUGAUGCAGUGCAACAUUGAGUCAGUAGAGGAGGGAGUGAAGCACCAUUUAACACUGCUGCUGAAACUGGAAGACAAGUUGAAUCGACACUUGAGCUGUGACCUGCAGCCCAAUGACAACAUCCAGGAGCUGGCAGCUGAACUGGUCCAGCUUGGAUUCAUCAGUGAGGCUGACCAGAGCAGACUUACCUGUUUACUUGAAGAGGCAUUCAGCAAGUUCUACUACACCCGGAACGGAGCCCUGACGGCAGUGACUGUGUCAUCUUAGCACCCCUCGGCUCCCAGGCGGCCAGCGCGGCUUUGUUGCCUGUGACCCCUCUGUGUCUGUCCAUCACUGUAGGGCAUCAGCAAGACCCCAGCUGCAGUGCUUGGAAGCUCAUCCUGCAUGUGCCGUGGCUGGGCUCAGCGACAAUCCUCCCUGCCCGCCUAUUAAAGGGGACUUUGUGCAUCAGUAUUAUUUCCAGCCCUGUUUUUGUUGGGAUUUUGCCAGGUGGUGCCGGGGAGCCGGGUCCUGGCUUGGGGUGUUCUGUAGCCCCGUUCAUGUGCAUGGAGUUUGUUCUGUUUGAAUUGUACAAAGUGUCUUUUGCACAGCACAGAAA